CUGCGCACGCUGCACCACUAAAGGCAGUUUAGGCAAUGACCAUCACCGGAAACUGGCAGGUAGCUGCCAAAGGCAAUCGCGUUAAUUCCCAUUAAACACCAUGGAGUUUUCCGUCAAUUCAAAUUCUCGGAUAAAGUUAACACUCUUCAACUACCAAGCCGGCAAGUCUCCCCAUCACGCCGGUGACGGAAAUCCCUACGCACUCCCAAUCAUAUUCCUCCACCUCACCCUUUCUCCCACUUCGGUUCUCUCCACGUGUCCCGUUCCCCUCUAUCUUCCAUGCCCCACCUUCUCCUUCCCCGUCAGUCCCCAAUAUUUCCCGUCAACGUUUCUAAUAUAUACGCACACUCUCCCUUUCUCUUUAUUCCCUGUUUGUUUAUUCCUUCUUACCUGCUAUCGGAGUCAUCAGAUCUAAGCCGUUGAUUUUUGUAACUACUUCACUAUGGACGAUGAUGAGGAGAUCCAGUCGCACACAUCGGCGGCCACCGGAUCACCGUCGCCGUCUCCACCCAACGGAAGAAUUACGGUAACGGUAGCCGCCGCUCCUCCGUCUUCUCAUCUUCAGCAGCAGCCGUCUCAACAGCAGAACAACAACAAUUUAUCGCUAACUCUCCCGAUCCAGCAACCAAAGACCAACGGCGGCGGAAGGGAGGAUUGCUGGAGCGAGGGAGCGACGGCGGUGCUAAUAGACGCGUGGGGGGAGAGGUAUUUGGAGCUGAGCAGAGGGAACCUGAAGCAGAAACACUGGAAGGAAGUUGCUGAUAUUGUGAGUAGCAGAGAAGACUAUACGAAGGCGGCGAAGACUGAUAUUCAGUGCAAGAACCGAAUCGAUACGGUGAAGAAGAAGUAUAAAUUGGAGAAAGCGAAGAUUGCUGCGGGUAGUGGGCCGAGCAAGUGGCCGUUUUUCGAACGGUUGGACCAGUUAAUUGGUCCAGCCGCCAAGAUCCCUGUUACUGCAACCGCUGCUGCCGCUUCUUUGUCUAGCAAAGUCCCGGUAGGAAUUCCUGUUGGGAUUCGCAGUGGUGGAGCUAGUGGGUCUAACCAAUAUCAGUUGCAUCAAGGGAAGGCGCAAAUGAGGAGCAAUCCAGUCACGAAGAAUCAGAAUGUGAAAUCACAGUUUCGAAAACGCACUCAGGUGGAGACUGAGUCAUCUUCGGAGGAGGAGGAGAAUUUUCCAGACUCUGAUGAUAGUUUGCCACCGGAGAAGAAGCCAAGGGGGGUGCAGAGAGGAGUGAAUACAAAGGGAGUGAAGGAAAGGAAGGGGUGGGGGAAUUCAAUUAGAAUGUUGACGCAAGCCAUACUCAAGUUUGGGGAAGCUUAUGAGCAGGCAGAGAGCGUCAAGUUGCAGCAAGUGGUAGAGAUGGAGAAGACGAGGAUGAAGUUUGCCAAAGAGCUGGAAUUGCAGAGGAUGCAAUUUUUCAUGAAGACCCAGAUGGAAAUCUCGCAAUUGAAGCGCGGUAGAAGGGGAGGAAAUGGUAGUAAUCAUCACAUCAGUGGUAACAAUAUUGUUCAUGAUAAUAACAAUAGUGAUAGUGAUAACUAAGAGUUUAACUUAGAUUCUACAUUAAUUUAGAAGUAGAUUUCAGGUUUCUAUGUUUUACCCCAUUGAUUGUGGAAAACUUGUACCGGGAAUAUUUCUAAUGUUGGGUGCAUCCUGCUUAGUGCUUGAAGCUUAAUUUAUGGCAGCCUUUGGCUGUUCUUUUAACUUGUGUCUAGGAUGGAAGAUGGUGACUAGUAGAGUACAUUCUUACUUGUAGCAUGUAUCUGCAAGAGAAUUGCUUAUUUUCCAAAAUAUUGCUAGAGAUCAUUGGUGUC